AUGUGCAGUUUGGGUACCGGCGAGGCAGUCGGACAGCCGAACUUCGUCCUUGAGCGAAGGAUUGCUGAGAGCGCUAGACAGUUAUUUUUAGUUUCCUGAAAGUAAAAUAAACUCCUCGUAUCGACCAGUAAAGUAUAAAACUUUUUAAAUAGUUUCGACUGACUUUUAAAACAGAGGGAGGCGACAAAAUCAAUGAGUUCUGCGGCCGGCCGACGUCACGUUCCGGUGGGAUUCAGAGAAGAGACGCAGGUGAAGGGACUCAUCCAGAAAGUUGACUCWUCCCACCCAGCUCUGAAUGAUUCCCUGCAGGGGGAAGUCCAGGCCUUCCUCACUGAUGAAGACCAGCUGCACACUUACGAUGACCUCACUAAAGUCAGCCCGGUGACCCCAACAACAGUGUUAAAAUGUCUGCAGGCCAGGUACAGCGUGAAGGUGUUUUACACCCACGCUGGCUGCACCUUGGUGGCUCUGAACCCCUUCCAGCCCAUCCCGGACCUUUACUCUCUGGAUGUGAUGAAGGAGUAUCACUUCGCUCCUCAGCCUCAGGAGUUUAAACCGCAUAUAUUUAUUGUGGCAGAAGAAGCUUACAGGAAUGUUCAGGGUCAGCUGGAGCCAGUGAACCAGUCCUUGGUGGUCAGUGGUGAGAGCGGAGCUGGAAAGACAUGGACUUCUCGUUGUCUGAUGAAAUACUAUGCCACGGUGGCAGCCUCCUCUUCAGUGUUGAAGAGUCAGGACACAGURGAGAGGAUAGAGAGGAGAGUGUUGGACUCCAAUCCUCUGAUGGAGGCUUUUGGGAACGCCUGCACGCUGAGAAACAACAACAGCAGUCGCUUUGGGAAGUACAUCCAGCUGCAGCUAGACAGGUGUCAGCUGUUAGUGGGAGCGUCGGUGCAGACCUAUCURCUGGAAAAGACCAGGGUGUCCUGCCAGCCAGCCAACGAGAGGAACUUCCACAUCUUCUACCAGUUGAUGAAAGGGGCCACAGACGAGCAGAGAGCAGAGUGGAAGCUGCAACAUGACCAGCGUUUUGUUUGGCUGCCAAAUUCUGAAAAACAAGUUGAAGAAGACGAUUUCCACGAAACUGUCAAGGCAAUGGCGCAUCUGGGAAUCGAUGCAGAAAGACAAAAACAAAUAUUUAGGAUUUUAGCAGGAAUUCUGCAGUUGGGGAAUGUGAGUUUCUCCUCUUCAUCCAGUGAAUCACAGUCCUGCGAUCUCGAUAAACAGUCUGAAGACUUCYUGCAGAGAGCAGCUGAGCUGCUGCGUGUCUCUGCAGAAGAACUGCAGACGUGUUUAAGGGUGAGGACCCUGAAGGCGGGGAAGCUAAGCGUGUUCAAACCCUGCUCCCAAGCGGAGUGCGGCGUGAGGAGGGACUGCCUGGCCAAAGUCGUCUACGCCCAGUUGUUUGAGUGGUUGGUUACUUUCAUCAACAACAGUAUAUGUGCAGACAAAUCCACAUGGUGCAACUUCAUAGGAGUCUUAGAUGUGUACGGCUUUGAGUGUUUCCAGAACAACAACCUGGAGCAGCUGUGCAUCAACUACGCCAACGAGAAACUCCAGCAGCACUUUGUGGCUCAUUACCUCCGAGCUCAGCAGGAGGAAUAUGUAUCAGAGGGUUUGGAGUGGUCUUUUGUCAAAUAUCAAGACAACCAGAGCUGUUUGGAUCUUUUAGAGGGAGGCCCUGUCAGCGUGUUUUCUCUCAUUAAUGAGGAGAGUCGUCUGAAUCGAGCCUCAGAUGCUACAACUCUGAGGGUUCGUCUGGAGAAGGAGCUCCGUGACAACGCCAACAUCAGCUGGGACAGGUUCAGCCAGGCGCCACACUUCGCUGUGGCUCAUUAUGCAGGCAGAGUGACCUACCAGAUAGAGGGCAUGGUGGAGAAAAACAAGGACCCGGUACCACCAGAGCUUAUCAGCCUGCUUCAGAAGUCCGACAACCCCCUCCUGCACCAAAUCUUCUCUGACAAGGAAGCUGAGAACCAAAAUACCAAAGGGCCCAGUAAAGUCACUGUGGUCUCCAAGUUCAAGAACUCACUGGAGAGCCUGAUGAAGAUCCUCCUGUCUACAACACCUCAUUACACGCGUUGCAUCAAACCCAACCCUGACUGCAAACCGCUGACCUUUAAAACAGAGGAGGUUAUUAUUCAGCUGGAGGCCUGUGGGAUUGUAGAGACCAUUCACAUCAGCGCUGCAGGCUUUCCAAUAAGAAUUCCUUUCAGAAGCCUCAUGCAGCRUUAUGGACUCAUUACCAAAUAUUUACCAUCAGGGAGUCAUGAUGCUGGUUCGGAGGAUGAUUUUCUUUAUCAGGAGGUGGAGAAGGUCCUCGAGGUGGUGUUGCUUCACCUGUCCUGUGAGGAUCGCAGGUCAUUGGUCCACUGUGGGAGGACUAAAGCCUUUCUCACCCAAACCAUGCUGGAUUUGCUGGAGGAUCAGCGGAAGAAGGUCCUGUCCCGGUGUGCCUUCUCCAUUCAGUGCUGCUGGCUGCGAUACCAGCGCCGUAAACGCCUCGCCCGCCGGCAGUCUGCUGCUUUAAUCCAAGCAGCGGUCAGGUCCUGGCUGGUCAGGAAGCAGGUCCGGAGAUGGAACCAAGCAGCUGCUGUGAUCCAGAACACCUGGAGGAGGUGGAAGGCCAUGUUAAAAUCCUUGGCUGAAUCGGAACUCGACGAUGCCGAGGACCUGGUUUCAGAAGACGUCCCAGAACUGAACCCUGUGUGUGAGCGCGGCUCGGUGCAGCUUUCCACCAUUCAGGAGCCCGUCCCGGUGCGCGGGUGGCCCGUGGGCCUGGCGCUGGCCAGGGCCCCGUCCAUCACGGUUUCUCUGACAGCGACGGGCUUCCAGAAGGUUCUGUCUGCGAUGGUCUCCCUCAACCUGCCCUCCAGGAGAGGAGAGUACAAAGUGGAGACCAACCAGUACAAGCAGGGGCUSGCCUCCAUACGUGCUCAGCCCAGAGGAUCUGUAAAGYUGCACUACAAGCGAUCACCGCUUCUGUAUGCAGACAUGCAGCCGGACCUGAASAGUGACGUGACGGGCUUCAAUGAGAUCCUGCUGGAAAAGACUUYGUAAGGAUUCAUUUUGCAGAACGACGUCAUGAUGGAGUGAUCAUCUGGAAAUGUAAAGCUGUUUCUACAAAAAAAACAUCCAUCAUGCAAGAAACAACCCUAUUUCAGCAUCAAAUUUAAAGCAUUUACCAAAAACUCAUAUUUUUAUAUUAUACUGCUUUAAGAGCUUCCCUGGAUGAAAGUAGCAUUAACAAAUCUAAAAUGUACAUUUUGAUUUCUGGAUCAUCUUGAUAAGGGCGGUUCCUACAGGAUAACCCAUAAACAUUUGGUUUGAAUCAUAUUUUUAGGUUACACUAAUGAAAAAUUUUUGAUGUCACUUCAAAGAGGAAACUUCAAACUAUAUUUGGAUUUAGAGAAUUACAAGCUGGAAAUAAAAAAAAGCUUUGCUAACUCACAGGGGAAAAUGAUGGAAAUUUAAAGCUUUUCUGCUCAAAAUCAUGUUUUUUGUUGCUACAGGCCGUCACACUUUGUUUUAGACAACUUCUGCCAACAUAGGAAAAAUUUAUGAUUAAAUCCCUCAUAUAGUUUGUAUAUUCAAUCUGUUAGCGUUACAGUAUGUGUGCAUCCAACAGAGACUUGCAGUGGAUUUUUUAAAUCCCAUCUUCAGCAUUGUCUAGAACCUUAUAUUGUAACAGGGCCUUAAUGCUUAAAAAGUAAAAAAAWUAAAUUUCAAUAAGGUAAAUUCAUUGCAUUUUGACAAAAUGCAAAAGUUUUAAUCAAAGUACUAAAGCUGCCUUUUUCUCCACAUACCACUUUGGGACCUAAUUAUUGUUAAAUGUGAUGGGUCAUAUUUAUUUAGCCAUGACUGGAGCCAUAUAUCCAACAUGUAGGAAUAAUAAAUCUGGUUAUUUCAUCACGAAACAAAAUCUUACGAAAUCCGUCGUGGUGUGGCACAACGUUAGCACCUUAAAGGGACCGAAGCUGCWGGAUCUGUGCAAUCGCUGCUUCUUUUAAUGUCUGCUAGUUGAUCAAAGUGUCGUGUAAUCUGUGUAAUUAUUUAUUAGUGGUAGAUGAUUGUCAGAUUUAGUGGAACAUCUGGUUCCAGAUGCCAUCAUUAGCAUUGUGUUGCACAUGAAAAACACAGCUGCAAAACGUGACAAGUGAAAUUUAGAAACGUGAAAUUCCAACAUGACAGUAACUUGAAGUUUAUACAGCGUAACUGGUGCAUUUAUACAAAACAAUUUUUUUUUUAUUUACUGAUGUGUCUGGAUAAAGAACAAACUUGAUUAUAUUUUAGCUAAUUAACUUUGACUCAUUUUAUUUCAGUGCAAUAUAAAUUUUGUUCUGAUUGAGCCCACUGCUCUGGCUCACAUCUUUACUUUUAUAUUUAUUCAGCUGUGGAUUUAUGUCAAUGUGUCAAUUUAUAUUUUGUAAAACCAGCUGUUUUUUCAGUGGUACCAAGAGGUUAAUAUGUACAACUUUCAAUAAAUGAUCAGUCACAACAUUUAAAUCUCCUGUGAGUCACUGCUUAGUUAUAUAUAUAGAACGUGGGGGGGAUGUUGGCAGGAGAUAUUUUGCACAGAGGCAACCUGYAGGUUACUGUUGAGGCUGCUUGGUGUUAAGAUUUAUAUUUUAGUUUUCAGUUUGUUCAAAAUGAAUGAAAAUGUUAAAUUAAAUAAAGUCAUUUUAUUGCCAA